AUGAUGGAUUUCCCUGACCAUAUAAUAGACGAUAUUAUAUUCUUUUGUAAGCCAGAUGCACUUGUCUCGCUUGCUAAAACCUGUCGAUAUUUCAGAUACAAGGUGAACAAAAACAUCUAUCGAAAUAUCAUCAUUGAAAAUAACUCUGGUAUGACUUCAACUUCAAAGAAAACCAUAAUAGGACCGCAGCAGUUCUCAAAGCUUCCAAAGUGCUUAAACAGCUACAAUUUCCAGUUUGUGCAAAGUCUUUGUAUCAAUGCUCCAGUUGAUGAUUUCUUUGCACUUUACGAGAAGAUAUUGAAGUUAUGGGACUCUUGUCCUGAUCAUUGCAUUCGAUUUAAUGCUGCUAAUGCAAACGUAUAUCUGUUUCCCAGAUUCAUCAGUCAAGACUCCGUCCAUUAUACUGAAUUGGAAGAUUCGGAGUUGGUUGUUACCGAAAGACAUAAGAAGAUGAAUAACCUAAUCAAUUGGAACAUUGGUGAUGUCACUGAAUUGAAGUAUAUGCCAUUCAAUCCUAAUCUUAAGGAGUUAGAAUUGAACUCUAAAGCGUCUUCAUUAAGUCCAUCCACUUUAAAUGAGCGUUGUUUAAAGAAUAUCAACCAAAUUGAUACUUUAAUCCUUUCACUGAACGAUGAUAUCAAUUCGUUAUUCAAUUUGAAGCUCGAGAGGCCUUUAACUAACUUGAAGAGUCUUUCCUUGACUAAUGUUCAUUCCUUAAAGAAACAUCUGAUUCUCACUACAUAUAAAUUGGCAUCGUUCGUUGAUAUUAGUCAAUUAGAACAUUUGAAGCUCAAUGUUUCAUGUUCCAAUCAUUGUCAUUGUAUCGCUCAUUUACUAUCUGAUAUCGCUUCACAUGCCAUUAACUUGAAAACGUUAAGCAUAUCAAGUAAUGUGAAGGACCUGGAAUCUUUUCGGCUCAUAGCAUCAUCGUUAAGACAUUUGAAAGCUUUGGAAAGUCUAGAACUUUGUCUUGAUGAGUUGGGCUUACAGAAGGAUCACAGGUUCAACUUUAAGAUGUUGGCAACUAGCUUAUCUUCGUUAGAUGACUUGAAACGGGUGGAGAUUGGUGACAUCCAUCAUUAUACAGUACCUGGGUCGCUAUGCAUUGGUGCUGUUCCCGUAAUAGUAAAGUAA